GUCGUCUUUAUCUGAUCGGACCGAACCGGUCCCCUCUGGUCCACACGUCCGAAGUCCCGGGCUGCCAGCUUGAUCGAGGUUACAAAAUCGCCCCGCCCCGCCGGCCGUCAGCAGUUUUGCUUUAGUACCUUACCACAGGCGCCAUGUCGACGAAUUCGCUGCCCAAGGGGUACCGGCCCUCAUACGCCGUCUGCCACGAGGUGUCGCCGAUCUGCCCCGUCAAGGCCACGACGCUCGGCUACUACCCCAACGAAGGCCUCAACAUCUUCUUCACCAUCGGCUUCGGCUUGGCGGCGCUCAUCGCUCUCUCGCUAGGCGUAUGGAAACGGACAUGGGGCUUCACCAUCGCCAUCGUGGCGGGAACCAUUCUUGAGUGUGUCGGCUAUGUCGGCCGCACACUGCUCGCCACGAACCCGUGGAAUGACGGGGCCUUCAGGAUGCAGAUCGUGGCCAUUAUCCUCGGCCCGACGCUGGUGUGCAUCGGCCUGUACCUGACGCUCAAGCACGCCGUCAACGCGCUCAACCGGUCGCUCAGCCGCGUCAAGCCGCGCGUCUACCCGCUCUUCUUCGUGCCCGCCGACGUCUCCUGCCUCGUCAUCCAGGCCAUCGGCGGGGGCAUCGCGGCCUCGGCCGGCGGCGACAACUACGCGCUGCUGCAGCACGGCAACCGGACCAUCAUGGCCGGCAUCGUGCUGCAGGUCGUCGUGCUGGGCUUCUUUGGCGCCAUGGCCGCCGACUACCUGGUGCGCGUGGGGCGGUAUUUCCGCGGCAGUGGUGGCGGCAACAACAACGUGGCGCCCGAGCACCAGGCCGGCGCGGCGCUGUGGGCGGACAAGAAGUUCCGCGCGUUCCUCUGGGCCAUGGCGCUGGCCUACGUCGCGCUGCUGAUCCGCUGCAUCUACCGUAUCGCCGAGAUGGCCGGCGGCUGGGGCAACCACAUCAUGCAGGACGAGCCGUCGUUUGUCGUGCUCGAGUCGUUCAUGGUGCUCAUCGCCUGCCUGCUGCUGGCCGUGUUCGCGCCGGGCAUCUUCUUCCCGCAGAUGUCGCACUCGUUCCGGCGGGCGGCUGGGGAGCAGGAGGAGGAGGAGAAGCGCCCGCAGACGGAGAGCGACGAGGCCGGGUUGGAGAUGGGGGAGCGUGUUUGAACCGGGUACAAUAGAGGAUUCGGGCAUUUAGACGUUAGA